CCCUAUAUUCUGUUUUAUCGCUAGUGGGCACUAGGAGCUAGCACGACCAGGAAAAACCCAAAGCCAAUGGCUGCUGCUAUAGCACCAGCCACCCCUCUCCGCCUUAAACCCUACUCAGCCCUUCGCUAUCUCUCACUCUACUCCAAAACAAAACCAAACCCCAACUCACUCCCCUUCCCGCCAUUUCUUCUCCGGCCACCCCCAUUUGCCGGCGCCGGAGUGGUCCUCCCUCGCCGGAGAUUCUUCUCUACUAUUGUCUCCGGAACUCUCCAAUCCGGCGAAGCCGUAGAGAAGACGAAACCGGAAUUCUCCGAAAAGUGGAGAGGCGAGGCGGGAGAGAAAAUCGGAGAGUUCAGGAAGAAGUUGAGAGUUUCGGAUAUAAAGCACGGUCCUGAUGAAGGAUUGGGCCGGGUCGGGCAGACCCUGGUCGUGACAGGCUGGGUCCGGACUCUUCGGGUUCAAAGCAGUGUUACGUUCAUUGAGGUCAAUGAUGGUUCCUGCCUUUCAAACAUGCAAUGUGUGAUAGACUCAGAUGCUGAAGGUUAUGAUCAGGUCGAAGCUGGAUUGAUAACAACUGGUGCAUCAAUAUGGGUGCAAGGGACAUUGGUGCCCAGCCAAGGUUCAAAGCAAAAGGUGGAAUUGAAGGUCAAGAAAAUUGUAGUGGUUGGGAAGAGUGAUCCUUCCUAUCCAAUCCAAAAGAAAAGGGUCAGCAGAGAAUUUUUGAGAACAAAAGCUCAUCUCCGUCCGAGAACAAAUACUUUUGGUGCGGUUGCAAGGGUGAGGAAUGCAUUGGCCUUUGCAACGCAUAAAUUUUUCCAAGAAAAUGGGUUUGUCUGGGUUUCAAGUCCUAUUAUUACAGCUUCAGAUUGUGAAGGAGCGGGUGAGCAGUUUUGUGUAACUACUUUGAUACCAAGCUCUGGAGAAGUUGUUGAUUCUCCUGUGGAUGCUGUUCCAAAGACAAAGGAUGGGCUAAUUGAUUGGUCAAAGGACUUUUUCGGGAAACCAGCAUUUUUGACUGUCUCAGGCCAACUUAAUGCUGAAACCUAUGCUACUGCUCUUUCUGAUGUGUAUACAUUUGGUCCCACAUUUCGAGCAGAAAAUUCUAACACUUCUAGGCACUUGGCUGAGUUUUGGAUGAUUGAACCUGAACUUGCAUUUGCUGAUCUGAAUGAUGACAUGGCUUGUGCAACUGCUUAUCUCCAGUACGUAGUGAGAUAUGUCCUCGAAAAUUGCAAGGAAGACAUGGAUUUUUUCAAUACUUGGAUCGAGAAAGGAAUUGUUGAUCGGUUGAAUGAUGUGGCUGAGAAAGAAUUUGUGCAGUUGACUUACACUGAUGCAAUUGAACUUCUACUAAGAGCAAAUAAGAAGUUUGAAUUCCCGGUGAAGUGGGGAUGUGAUUUGCAGAGUGAGCAUGAACGAUACAUAACUGAAGAGGCAUAUGGUGGAUGCCCUGUUAUAAUAAGAGACUAUCCUAAGGAGAUUAAAGCAUUCUAUAUGCGGCAAAAUGACGAUGGAAAGACUGUUGCAGCAAUGGAUAUGUUGGUUCCUCGGGUUGGUGAACUUAUUGGUGGAAGCCAAAGGGAAGAAAGGCUUGAAUAUUUGGAAACUCGCUUGGAUGACUUAAAGCUGGAUAAGGAUACCUACUGGUGGUAUCUUGAUUUGCGUCGUUAUGGUUCAGUUCCUCAUGCGGGAUUUGGAUUGGGCUUUGAAAGGCUUGUGCAAUUUGCUACAGGAAUAGAGAAUAUAAGAGACACAAUCCCUUUCCCUCGGACGCCUGGUUCAGCUGAAUUUUAAUGGUGAAGUUGUGCAUUUUUUUUUUUUUUUGUUCUCUUAUUGUAGUCAACCACAGCAUCAUUUUUUUACCUGUCCUGCUCUUCAUCUCCUUAAGUAAAUUUAAUUUGAAUCACCUUCUCUGUGUAACACUUACGUGCAUCAAAACUUCAAACUAUAUAGGAAGGCUACCAAAAUUGGAAAAAGAAAACGAUUUAAGCCUGGUUUGUUGCUUCCCUUGAAGCAAGAAGCAUAACCUUUAUGUAAAGAAUUAAAAU